AGCAGCCAAAACCCAUUCAUAUUUCAUUAUAUUUGUGACACCAGAAAGUAGAGGUUCAUAUUACGUUUGCAUGUUUUCGUUUGGAAUAUAAUUAAUAUUUUAUACAAUUUAAAAAGUGCACAAGUUCCAGCAACAAUAUAAAAUCCGAGAUUUAAGUGUAGCGCCAGCCAAAAGGUUUUACUUAAUCAACAAUCACUUCAACCUAUAAAAGUAAAGAGUAGCGCAAUUACAAAAUGUCCACAGAGGAGCAAAUUCCCGUCGUAGCCACCGCAGAUGUCAAAGCUGCAGAUUCCAGCGAAAAACCUCUUGCUGCCAUCGCCACAGAUCCAUUGGUCGAACAGGAGCGUGCAGAAAAGAUUCUUAAAGCUAAGGAGUUGUACAGCCAUGGCUCACGUAAUUUUCUUGUAAAAAGUUACGUUGAAUCGGCCGAUGAGCUGAGUCAAGUUUGCGCCUUAUACGAAGAAUUAUACGGCGAACAGUCAGAUGAGUUGGGCAUGCCAUAUUUGCUUUAUGCCAAAUCAUUGAUUGCCUUAGCGUUGGAUGAAAACAAAGUUAUCGAUGUACCCGAUGAAGAGGAGCUUGAAGACGACGAUGAUGAAGAUGACGACGAAGCAGAGGACGAUGAAGCACCCGCUGCAGUGAGCGCUAAUGGUGCAGUAGCCACCAGCUCAAAUGGCGCGGUAGCAAAAGCUAAACUAGAUGAUAUCAAAGAGAAGGUUGGUGAGGUGGAUUCAGCGAACGGUGAAGUCGCCAAGCCCGCCGAAGAAGAAAAAGCUCUGGCAGCUGUUGAGAAGAAUGUCGAGGACGCACAAGUAAGCAGCACCGACGAUGUUGCCGGUGCUGGUGAGGAGAAUAAGGAAGAAAAGGAGAAGAAAGAUAAUGCUGAAAAUGGCACAACCAAUGGUAAAUCGGUCAAAGUCGUAACUGUGUCAGAAAAUGCCACUUCAGUCGCCGCCACACCUGUUUUAGAUGGUGAGAUGCCGAGCACCUCGAAUGGCGACGCAGGCGCUGGCGAACAAGACGACGAAGAGGAAAAUGAGGCGGCCUCGAAUCUGCAAUUGGCUUGGGAAAUCCUUGAGUUGGCUGCCAAAAUAUUCACACGCCAAGGUACAAAUGGUCUACCUAACUUGGCUGAGGUGCAAACGGAGCUGGCUAAUAUUGAAUUUGAAAACAACUUGCCCGAGGCGGCACGUGAGGAUUACGGGAGGGCACUAAAAAUUUACAGCGAAUUGCCUUCAAAUUACCGUCGGGCCAUGGCAGAAAUACAUUACAAAAUUGGACUCACAUAUCUGAUGCAGCAACUGAACAAGGAGGGAGCUGAAUCGCUCAAGGAUGCCUGCACAUUGAUCGAUGCUGAAAUAAAGGAGCUGCAAGCGAGCGAAGAGGAGCUUAGCGAUAAGCAGAAAAAUAACAUACAGGAUAUGGAGGAAACGAAACAAGAGAUUUGGGCGAAAAUUGCUGAAAUCGAAGAUACACAAGCGCAGAAUGUAGCCGAAGUGCGCGCUGCAUUGGACAGCUACAUUAAACCAAUAAGCUCGGAAAAUAAAGACGGCGCCGGAGCCUCAACAUCUAUGGCAGCGGGCUCCUCUUCUUCUAGUUUAGCAAAGCCUUCAGAUAUUUCGCAUCUGAUUAAGCGUAAGAAGCCCGAUGAGCAUAGUUCGGAGGCCGAAGCGACGCCAUCACCAGCCAAACGGCCGGCUAUUUAAAUCCUUCUCGCUUUCUAUGCACUUAAUUUUUGCUUUUGUUAUGAGAACGCGAGUGUUAUUGUAUUUCAAUUGCUGUUGUAUUGUGCCUGCAUUCCGUUAAUAUAAUAUUAAUGCAUUACAUAAGUAAACAAACACCAAUAAGGCAAAGAUAAGCACAUACAAAAACAAAAACCGAGGGAAGAAAACCUGGCACCGUACUUUGCAAGUUUCAACCGACGAUUAUGCGCUCGAAAAUUCUUUUGCGCUUGAAAGUAGAGUAAGCCUUUUGUUGUAUUGCUGCCCAACUCCUUCCGGCUUUUUAACUUUUCAAUGAAUAUUUGAGCAACCAAAUUGAACAAUUUUUCUUUCUAUUUUCUAGGCUACUCUCAACUAGAGAGCGUAAUGGUGCCAGGCAAAUGAAAUUUUUUGCCAUUGUACUGAAUUUUUUUUGCAUGCAUAUUUUGGUUUAUUUUUUUCCACAUCACUUGCAGUCACAAAUUGAAUUACUCAGUUUUCCUUUGAUUUUGAAUAUUGUUUUUACAACUACAACUAGCGUUUUUUUUACUUUUUCUUCAAUAGAAUUUAGAUGUAAGCAUACACAUUAACACAUAUUUAUAUACGUACGUAACUUAUACCAUUAAUAGCUGUCAUGCCAACGUUUUGUAUUGUUUUUUGUUUGUUUUUUAAACUUAGAAGUUUGAGUUGAACAUAUGUCUAAAAAUACUUUUAUUACAAAGAGGAAAACAAAAAAUGUUUAAUAUGGGCAAUACAAAGAAAUAUAUACUUGAUAUACAUAACCGA